UAGCCUCAAUAUCACUCACAUAAUAUCAAAAAAAAAAAUAUAGACCUAUAUAAAAUUUCAAGGUUUUUCUUUCUCAAAAUUCUGUGAAAAUGGCACAAUCCAUGCGUUUCUUUGCUAUUAUGUUUCUUCUAGCCAUAAUUGUCAUGGCCACGGAGAUGGGACCAAUGAAUAUUGUUGAGGCAAGGCAUUGCGAGUCGAAGAGUCAACGUUUCAGGGGACCAUGUGUGAGAGAGAAAAAUUGUGCCGCGGUAUGUGAGACCGAAGGAUUUUCCGGUGGAGAUUGCCGUGGAAUCCGUCGCCGAUGCUUUUGUACUAGGCCAUGCUAAAUGAGUAUUAAUAAUAAUUUGAAUUGUGUGUAAAGAAGAAGUACUCUUGAAUAAAGAACACUGAUUGUUCAAAGUUUGUGCUAGUUUUGUUUCUAAAACUAGUUAUCAUCUUUGAAUUGUAUGCAAUUAUGGUGCAAUAGAGUCGUAAUUCUUCA